CUACAUUGUUAAAAUAAUCUUUUUUAUGACGACAUUGCAAUCAAGGCGUUAUUAUUGAUGUUUCUUACCUGACGGAAAACGUUAUAGAAAUACACUUGUUGAAAUACCUAUUGGAGACUGUGAUCGGAGAUCAGUGGCUUAUCUAAUUAAAGACUCGACAUUUUCAUAGCAUUCUGUGACUCCACAAACUCGACAAAUACAAAAUGGAUACGAAAGACUCGAGCAUUUCAGAAAUGAUCGUCAAAGACUCGGGAAUUUUGGAAAUUGGCACCAAGGACUCGGGAAUUUCGGAAAUUGGCACCAAGGACUCGGGAAUUUCGGAAAUUGGCACCAAAGACUCGGGAAUUUUGGAAAUUGGCACCAAGGACUCGGGAAUUUCGGAAAUUGGCACCAAGGACUCGGGAAUUUCGGAAAUUGGCACCAAGGACUCGGGAAUUUCGGAAAUUGGCACCAAAGACUCGGGAAUUUCAAAAGGGUCUAGCCUUUCUAAGCUGCUUGAAGAUGAGAGUUGUCGAUAUACAGUUGCAGAUGCUGGUCGUCGAAGUUUAGAACUUUUGCAGCGGAACGAAGAGGAGGAAAGAAUACGUAGUGAAGAAAUGACUAUUACUCAAAAUCUGUUUGAAGAAAAGGGAAAGGAAAGAGAACGACAUUCUAAUGUUGCAGAUUUGAAUCGUCGACUUUAUGAUUAGUAUGGUCGUGUAAUUAACUAUUGACAAAUGCUUAUUGAUAAUGCAUAAAUAAAAAAUUGUUUUGUAGUGUGAAAGUACAAUUUACUCACAUUGUCAUUGCUGUUUUGCAUGUGUUAAACAAUCUUUAUAUAAUCUCUCACGUUUUUUACGAUAUUUGCCCAUAAAUCAGCGCAGCACUUUUUAGGAGUCAAGGAUAUAUUUUAAAUUUACUUUGACGUUCUAUUUUGUACUUCUCUCACCUCUCGUUUGCCCAGGAAACAUUCUGUUAUUUGAGUUUAUUCGUCUCUAAGUAUUAAAAUUUUACAAUUUUUGUUAAUAUUUAGCAAAAUCAUUCGGUUUGAGCAAACAUUUAUUUAAUGUAGUGAGCUAAUUUAAUAAGAAGAUUAAUACAAAACUAUAAUCGUAACUAACUACUCAGAGGAAUGUCAAUAGUUUAUACAUACAAAGAUAUCACGUGACUAAAUAAACUGAACUAUAUAUGUGAA